AUGUCGUUCCUCCCACUCCUAGUUGCCAUCCCGAUCUUGAUGGUGGAUGGUCUAAUCGAAGUCGGCUUCGUUGGAUCAAUGGUCGGCUUCCUUCAUGACCGGGCCGGCAAAUUUUUCACCAUUGACGCACCGAAUGGCACAUUUGACCUUCACGGAAAGCCCAAGGGAAUACUGGCUGAUCAGGGACAUACGAGCAAUGGAGCAGCAGGCACAGCCGUCGUUCUGGUUGGGAUUCUAGGUCUUAUAGUCAUCUUCUCCGAGAGACGAAAGGCAAGAAAGUCUUCCACCACCGGGCACUCAGGCCUAUUCAUCUUCUGGGUCGUGAUGACCGUACUCUCGGCGAUGCUUACCCUCGCGGCACUGAUUUAUACAUUCGUGCUGACUGCUCAGACGGACGACCAAACGAUCGACCUGGCCGUCGCGGCCGCCAACGCCCAGCCGCUCAUGUACCCUCUAGACAACUGGACGCCAGAGAACUGGUUCAUCGCCGUACUAGAACUCCCUCUCGCCCAUGACAGCGACCGAAACACGAUCCGCAAGAACCUGCGCCUCAUGCGCGGCUGGCGUUGGAACCUGAUCCCACUCUUCAUCCUCGGUCUAACCGUCGCCAGUUUGGCGGUGUGGCAGUUGGUUGGCGGCAGACGGUGGAAGGAAGGCGACAGCCGCGAGAAACUCCGUCAUUCCAACCAGAGUGGCUACUAA